UUGCGGUUAGUUGCGCGCAACUUCACUCUAUUUAGUAAUUGUGAAGUUUGGUGCAUCAACUAGUUUCCUUCUUUUCGUACAUUUGCAAUGGCGCCGACCGCUAAACAAGCACCAAAGCCCAAAACAAUGAAGGGAGGUUUACCAGCCGUCCCAGAGUCGGUGUUGAAGCACCGCAAGAGGCGCGAAACCUCCAAGGCUGCCAGACUCCAAUCUGCCAUCAAGAAGCGCUCUGAUGCUACCCAGAAGAGGAAACUCAUCUUCAAGCGCGCUGAACAAUAUGUAAAGGAAUACAGGAGCAAGGAGAAGGAUGAGCUCCGCUUGAUCCAUCAAGCCAAGAGCGCUGGCAACUUUUACAUCCCCGGUGAAGCCAAACUUGCCUUUGUUAUUCGUAUCAGAGGUAUCAACAAAGUUGCACCAAAGGUCCGCAAGGUCCUCCAACUGUUCCGUCUUCGUCAGAUCAACAACGGAGUCUUCGUCAAGUUGAACAAGGCCACAAUCAACAUGUUGCGUAUCUGCGAACCGUACGUAACCUGGGGUUACCCCAACUUGAAGUCGAUGCGCGAGCUGGUCUACAAGCGUGGAUUCGGAAAGAUCCGCGGCCAACGUAUCCCGAUCACCAGCAAUAGCGUGAUUGAGAACCAGCUUGGAAAAACUGACAUCAUCUGCACAGAAGAUUUGAUCCACGAAAUCUUCACCGUCGGCAAGAACUUCAAGCAUGCCUCAAACUUCUUGUGGCCCUUCAAGCUUAACACCCCAACCGGUGGAUGGCGCAAGAAGUCCAACCACUACGUCGAGGGUGGUGACUUCGGUAACAGGGAGGACAAGAUCAACGAACUCCUGAGGAGGAUGGUCUAAGGAUUAUUUCCUUAUAAUGUUAAUAAUAAAAUAAUUAAAAUACAUACACGCUGACGAUUUUUA